GAUUGUUAUUGUUAACUGUCAUCUCGGUGUCCCUGCCCGAAGUCAAUGGAAGCCACAGAGCUUUGAAUCUCAGCUGUGCCUGGGUGUGAAGGAUGCGGGAGGUGCUGCAGCUCCGCCCGUAGCCAAGAGAGCGAAGCUGGACCUGCUGGUCCCCGACCUGACCUGGAGGGAGCAGCGGAGGAGGGGACGUUUGCAUCGCUGCGGGGGCCUGUGGAGAGCUCAACUGCACCCACGGGGACGCUCCAGAGGCAGCGUGGGGAAGACAAAGCCACCAGUGCCCCAGCGUGGGGGGAAGGGAAUGUGUGGCAUCACUGGGAACCCCUGGUCGUGGGCAGUGCCCAUGCUCUCUGUGGUGCUGGUGGGUUUCUUAGCUCCAUGUGUGGCACACAGGCAGCCCAACUUCAUUGUCAUCCUGGCAGAUGAUGUGGGCUGGGGAGAUCUGGGGGCCAACUGGGCAGAGACCAAGGAGACCCCACAUUUGGAUGAGCUGGCUGCUGAAGGGACAAGGUUUGUGGACUUCCACUCAGCUGCAUCCACUUGCUCCCCAUCCCGUGCAUCUCUGCUGACAGGACGUCUCGGGGCACGCAACGGAGUCACCCACAACUUUGCUGUCAGCUCUGUUGGUGGCCUGCCCCUGAACGAGAGCACCCUGGCCGAGGUCCUGCGGGAGGCUGGCUACAGCACGGGGGCUAUAGGCAAGUGGCACCUGGGGCACCAUGGCCACCAUCACCCCAGCUUCCGUGGCUUUGAUUACUUCUUUGGGAUCCCCUACAGCCACGACAUGGGCUGCACGGACACCCCUGGCUACAACGUGCCACCCUGCCUGCCCUGCCCACAGCAUGGCACGGCUGCCAGGUUGGCAAGAAAGGGCUGUUACACAGAUGUGGCCCUUCCUCUCUUUGAGAACAUCACCAUUGUCCAGCAGCCUGCCAACCUCAGCAGCCUGGCAGCGCGCUACGCCCAGGAGGCAGCGCGCUUCAUCCAUCGGGCAAGCGCCAGCGGCCGCCCCUUCUUCCUCUACCUGGCACUGGCCCACAUGCACGUCCCGCUGGAGGUGCCCUCGCCGCCACCGCCUGCCUCGGGCAUCUACGGAGCCGCCCUCAGCGAGAUGGACAGCUUGGUGGGCUGGAUAAAGCAGGUGGCCGACAGCCACGGCAAGGGCAGCACUCUGCUGUGGCUCACAGGUGACAAUGGCCCCUGGGCACAGAAGUGUGAGCUGGCUGGACGCCUGGGGCCAUUCGUGGGGGCCUGGCAGAGGCAGCGAGGAGGGAGCUCUGCAAAGCAAACAACCUGGGAAGGAGGGCACCGGGUGCCAGCAGUGGUGUACUGGCCUGGGCACAUCCCUGCCAACAGGACGAGCAGUGCCCUGCUUAGCACCCUGGACAUCUUCCCUACGCUGGUGGCCCUGGCUGGGGCAUCUCUUCCCCUGAACAGACGCUUUGAUGGCUUGGAUGUGUCCCCAGUUCUCUUUGGCUGGUCAGAUGUGGGCCACAAGGUUCUGCUCCACCCCAACAGUGGGGCAGCAGGGAGGUACGGCGAGAUAGAGGCGCUACGGCUGGCUCAGUACAAGGCUUUUUACACCACAGGGGGAGCAAUGGCUUGUGAUGGGAGCACUGGGCCAGCUGAGCACCACCAGCCACCCCUCAUCUUCAAUCUGGAUCGCGACGCCCAGGAGCAGGAGCCUUUGGAUGUGGCAUCCAGUGAGUAUCAGGCAGUGCUGCCUGCAAUCAGCAGGGCUUAUGCCCAAGCUCUGGAGGACAUCAUGACAGACAACAUCACAGCUGCAGAUUACUCCAAAGACCCAGCUGUGACCCCUUGCUGCAGCCCACAGCACGUGGCCUGCAGAUGCCAGGUGCCAAGGGCUCGCCCAGCCAUGCUGGACCAUCGACAGGAACCAAGAGCAAGGUGGCUUUGUCUUUGAGCAAAGGACUCCUCAGGCUGCUCCCUUCCCAGGCCUGCUGUCUCUGAACAGCACUGCUGUGCACUCUGGCUCCAGGCUAGAGGUUGGACAUGGAGAAGAGGGAUGGAAGCUGUGGUCACAGAAUCAGUAUCCCAGCAUGGUGGAGAUGGGAAGGGACCUGUGGACAUCAUCCAGUCGAAGCCCCCUGCCAAAGCAAAGCAGCUUGCCCAGGAUCAGUGUCCAGCUGGGUUUGGAAUCUCUCCAGAGAAGGAGACUGCACAGCCCCUCUGGGUAGCCUGCUCCUUCCUGGGCUCCAGCACCUUCCUAGCAGAGGUUUUUCCCCACAUUCAGUCUGCCCUUGCUCCAUGCUAGGAAGCAAGGAGGCGAGAUAGCUGCGGGUCUGUGUGAGUACACAGAGGGUGCCUUUGCUGCAAAGCAGGACUGUUGUCACCCUAGCAGAGCCAGGCACAGGUGGCUCUGGGCACAGGGAAGGAGACAAGCCUUCUGUAGGGCUCUUUAGCUAAGAAGGAGCCAAGUCUUGGAUUAAAACUACCCUCUGUGAGA